AUGUACCGCCGCCGUGUUUUGGGAGCUACACUCAGCGAGGCGGGGUGCCAAGAACCCCACAGCUCGCACAGCUCACAAUCUCGCGAUGGACAUGAGGAGUCGGAGAAGAAGGCCUUUUAUGAUGGUUGCCCGACCAAUGCGCAGGGCACCGGAGGAGGAUCCCCGAGCAGCACUUGGAGCCGAUGCUCGAGGGCGUCCUGGAGCUUCGGGUGCGGCACGGACCGCUGCACUCAGCCAGGGGCGGCAAAGACACAGCGAAAGCAAGCUCGAAGGAUGCUACAUCGCUUGCACCGCUGCAUGGCCCGAUCUGGUGUAGUGGCAUUCUCUUUUUCGGCAUCGGCUCUUCAGAGAAGGAUGGAUUCUUUCGCGAAGCUGGACGAGGUUUCGAAGUUCAAGAGUCGUCGUGCUGCAGAACGAUCGUUGGGAGCAGGCAGCUCUCUGUCUUCAGCAUGCAGGUACGUGUCCUGCUGCAUUCGCUCGUACCUGGUGCACUUGGCAGCUCUCCUGUCAGUCCUCAUGCAAACGGUCCAGGAGGCGAUCGGAGAAUCACCUUUGCGACGUUCGCUGUCUGCAGCUGCCAGUGAAGACCUCGAGGAAGCACCCCUUGGUCUGUUUUGGGCAAUCAACGUCUUGAUCCUUUGCAGCCUCGCAUGUGGAGUCCUUGUGAUGUCCAGCUUUGCUGCUCAAGUCUUCCGUGACGACACGAUGACCGAGGUCACCGAGGAGGUGAUUUCCCCGGAAGUGGCAGAGCCAGUGGAGACUGCAUCGGGACUCUCGAGGAUGGUGAGGAGAAUGAAGUUGGUCCUUGCAGCAGUUCUUGGAGCUGCCUCCGCCAGCAAGCUGAGGCUUGGCACGGAACGUACAGCGGAGAUUGAAGGUGUGAGCCUCGAGACUGCAUAUGCAGCCUUCUUGGAGCGUCAUGGUGUGCAGCGGCUGGGCGACACCGUCGCGAGAUCAGAGCGGAUGGCAGCAUUUGCUCGAAGCCACGCGAAGGUGACAGAGCACAACAGGAAAUCCGAUCGCACGUGGACCGCUGGCCUCAACCGCUUCUCCGACCAGACGCACGAAGAGUUUGGUCGAGUACUUGGUUUCCGCAGAAUGGGCACGUGGUGGAAUAGCACGACUGCCACGUCGUUUAUCCAGACUGAUUCCGUGCAGUACGCAGAAUCCUUGGACUGGGCUUCGCAGACUCACUCGGGCAAGUACUUCAUCGAUCAAGGGGCCUGCGGAUCCUGUUGGGCUGUCGCUGCUACUGGAGCUUUGGAGAUGAGGGCCGAGAUCGCUCACAAGAAAGCCCCGAGCAUGCUAUCCUACAAAGAGCUGGUGGACUGUGUCGAGAAUCCCCAGCACUGCGGUGGAGAUGGUGGCUGCGGUGGGGCCACAGGGGAGCUGGCUUUCCAAUACAUCUCGCAGCACGGUCUCUCGGCAAGUGCAUCAUACACCGGUGACCGCGAAGCGACCGAGCGCUGCAAGACAGGCUCUCGAUCAGCAGUGGUCAAAGCCAACAGUUUCGUGAAGCUUCCGGUGAACAAGCUAAGCCCGCUCAUGAUGGCAAUUCAGCACGGACCAGUCGUCGUGUCCGUGGAUGGUGGACCUUGGGGAAGCUAUGAGUCCGGAGUGUUCAACGGCUGUCGCAGGGAUGCCACCGUCAACCAUGCAGUCCUGCUGGUUGGGUACGGCCAUGAUGCAACAGUCAACAUGGACUACUGGUUGGUCCGCAACUCAUGGGGGGAGUGGUGGGGCGAGAAUGGCUUCAUCAGGAUCCUGCGACAUUCGUCCGACGAGGGAGAUGCUGGAUACUGUGGGACGGACUUUGACCCAAAGCAAGGAGUCGGAUGUGACGGAGGACCAGCUACCUUGCCGGUUUGCGGCAUGUGUGGAAUCUUAUCCGAUUCAGUGUACCCUGAUGGAGUGAGCUCCUUCUGA